GAGUGUGUCUGGAACGGGGAGUAGGAGGGAAUUAAAAGGCCUCUCCGCGUUUUCACACCAAAUGCUUUAAAUCCUCCUGUUAUAUUACAGAGAGUGGUGGUUCUGAGUGUUAGAGAGGAGUGACUUCUCCUCCUCCUCCUCCUCCUCCUCCUCCUUCCCCUUCUCUUUUAACCCCACCCUCUCUCUCUCUCUCUCGAAAACCACGACAUCUAACCGCCUUUAAUGUUGUUGUGGACGCUGCACGUUUGUAUUUGCAUUUGUGUCUCAACUCAGUCCCAUUUCUCUCGUUGCUUCUACUAUAACGAACUGGGUUAACUCAGUCUCAUUUCUCCUGUUGCUUCUACUCUCACCCACAACAACUCAACUCAACUCAACUGGGUCAUUGCCAUAAAUCAAUGAUGAUGGGCAUCACUCUUGAUUCUGAGGUAGAGAGAUGAGAAAUGGGAGUUGAGAAUCACCCUCAUAAUGAUGGUAAUAAUAAUGAUCCCUCAUCGCAUGUGCAGAGUUACGCCCCCAAAAUCCUAGCGAAUCCGCUCUCCGAAUCCGAAUCCGAAUCCGCCUUUUUCUUAUUUUUGUAUUGGACGAGGGUGAUGGCCGUCUCUCCCUGUUGUGGUGAUUUUUUCUUCUUUUCCGAGGCUUGACCGGAGAUGGAGUACGGCUCAGGCGGCGGCGGUGGUUCCGGUGGCUCAGGUGGGGACCCCGAUGGCUCGGACUCCAGGAGGAAGAAGCGGUACCAUCGCCACACUGCCCAUCAGAUUCAGAGACUUGAAGGGAUGUUCAAGGAGUGUCCUCACCCAGAUGAGAAGCAGAGGCUGCAGUUGAGCAGAGAGUUGGCUUUGGCUCCCAGGCAGAUCAAAUUUUGGUUUCAAAAUAGGAGGACCCAGAUGAAGGCCCAACACGAGAGAGCUGAUAACUGUGCUCUUCGUGUGGAGAACGAUAAGAUCCGUUGUGAAAACAUAGCCAUUAGAGAGGCUCUCAAGAAUGUGAUUUGCCCGUCUUGUGGUGGCCCUCCAAUUGGGGAGGAUUCAUAUUUUGAUGAACAGAAGUUGAGGGUUGAGAAUGCCCAAUUGAAAGAAGAGCUUGAUAGAGUUUCUAGCAUUGCUGCCAAGUACAUAGGGCGGCCGAUUUCACAGCUCCCACCAGUACAGCCUGUCCAUAUUUCUUCAUUGGAUUUGUCAAUGGGAAGCUUUGGGGGGCAGGGGAUGGGCAGUGGCCCUUCCCUUGAUCUUGAUCUUCUUCCUGGAAGUUCAUCUGCUAUGCCCAUUUUGCCUUUCCAGGGGACUGGUAUUUCAGAUAUGGAUAAGUCCCUCAUGGCAGAUGUUGCUGGCAAUGCAUUGGAUGAAUUGCUUAGGCUUUUGCAGACCAACGAACCCUUGUGGAUGAAGUCCACCACUGAUGGGAGGGAUGUUCUUAAUCUUGAAAGCUAUGAGAGGAUUUUUCCUCGGGCUAAUAGUCACUUGAAAAACCCUAAUGUGAGGAUUGAGGCAUCAAGAGAUUCAGGUGUUGUGAUCAUGAACAGUUUGGCAUUGGUUGACAUAUUUAUGGACUCGAACAAAUGGAUGGAGCUAUUUCCGACAAUUGUUUCAAUGGCGAGAACACUUGAAGUAUUAUCAUCCGGAAUGAUGGGUGGUCAGAGCGGUUCCCUUCAACUGAUGUAUGGAGAGCUGCAGGUGCUUUCACCCCUUGUACCUACUCGGGAAUUCUAUUUCCUCAGAUAUUGUCAACAAAUUGAACAAGGCUCAUGGGCAAUAGUUGAUGUUUCUUAUGAUUUCCCCGACAACCAGUUCGCCCCUCAAAAUCCAUCUCAUAGGCUUCCUUCUGGUUGCUUGAUUCAAGAUAUGCCCAAUGGAUACUCCAAGGUUACUUGGGUGGAACAUGUGGAAAUCGAAGACAAAACCCCAACUCAUCGGCUUUAUAGAGAUCUUAUUCACAGAGGGUUAGCAUUUGGAGCUGAACGGUGGCUGGCCACUCUACAGAGGAUGUGUGAGAGAUUUGCUUGUUUGAUGGUUAAAGGAACUUCAACUCGGGAUCUUGGAGGAGUGAUUCCAUCUCCUGAUGGCAAGAGAAGCAUGAUGAAACUUGCCCAGAGGAUGGUCAACAAUUUCUGUGCAAGCAUCAGCACCUCCAAUGGACACCGAUGGACAACACUCUCUGGGCUGAAUGAGGUUGGAGUCCGGGUCACAAUCCACAAGAACACUGAUCCUGGCCAACCCAACGGUGUGGUUCUCAGUGCGGCUACCACCAUCUGGCUCCCAGUUUCUCCACAAAAUGUCUUCAAUUUCUUCAGGGACGAAAGGACUCGGCCUCAGUGGGAUGUUCUCUCCAAUGGCAAUGCCGUGCAAGAGGUUGCCCAUAUUGCAAAUGGGCCACAUCCUGGUAACUGCAUAUCUGUCCUGAGGGCCUUCAACACCAGUCAGAACAACAUGCUGAUACUCCAAGAGAGCUGCAUAGACUCAUCAGGUUCCCUAGUCAUCUACUGCCCAGUUGAUCUACCUGCCAUCAACAUAGCAAUGAGCGGGGAGGACCCUUCCUACAUACCCCUGCUGCCAUCGGGUUUCAGCAUCUCACCAGAUGGGCGACUAGACCAAGGGGACGGGGCGUCAAGCAGCUCCAGUACAACAGCGAGCAUGGGGAAGUCAGGAGGGUCACUUAUUACAGUGGUGUUUCAGAUACUAGUGAGCAGCUUGCCAUCCGCUAAGCUGAACUUGGAGUCGGUGACGACUGUUAAUAACCUCAUCGGUAACACUGUCCAGCAAAUAAAGGCUGCCUUGAAUUGCCCUAGUUCCUGAUGAUGAUCCCCACUGCUCAACAACUGUCCUUCUCUACCGUGUCUUUAAAUACACAUCAGAAAAAUUCAGAGAGUCUCUCCUCAGCUGGUGGCAUUGAAUGAGGGGGAAAGUAUUGGGGGUUAGUUGAACUUCUUCAAUGCCCUUCAUCAAGGAGUUUGAACCUGCCUGUUGCUGAUGCUGCCUUUUUCCCCCCCUCUUUUUGGCUGCCAAUUUUCUUUUCUUUUUGCGAGUCGGCUUUAUUACUUACAUUUUUUGUUUUUUUCUUUUCUUUUUGUGGAGGAUAUUUUAACGACGGAGUCAAGAACGCACCAUACCUGUCUUUCUUGCUGUGGAUCAUCGUCCAUCCAUAAAAUCCUUUCUUUUCUCCCUCACUCUCAACAUUUUCUUGCCAUCCUCCUCCAAACACACAGCAAGAACAUCGUAUGGUUCGGGUAUUGACUUGUGUUGAUGAACAUCAUUUUUACCUAUGAAAUUGUUAUUAUCAUCACCAUCGCUACGUCGAGAAUGCGAAUGCUUUUCUCCAUCUCUAUGAAGUGUGUUGUGUAUGGUUGUGAAAGAAAAGGGUGGCCGAGUUUGAAAGCCA